AUGAAAGGCAGAAGCCGGCAGGCCACGCUCUUCCAAGCAUGGGGAGCGCAGCCUACUCCUGUGCCGGCGGUGGAAGAAGAGGAGGAGGAGGCGGCGCUGCUGGCGGCGGCCGUGGAGGCCGAGGCAGCGGAUUCGCGAUCCUGGCCUUCUCCUCCAGCCAGUCGCGGUGCGCGUGGAUUCAUCGGCGGCGCGCCGGGCGCUCUGUGGAUGUUCCCGACCGGCGGGCGCGUCGAGGAACGUUCUUACCAGGUUCGAGCGGCGCGGGAGGCGCUCCUGGCCAACACGCUGCUCUGCUUGCCGACCGGGCUGGGCAAAACACUGGUGGCCGCCGUGGUCAUGUACAAUUUCUACCGGUGGUUUCCUGGCGGCAAGAUCCUCUUCCUGGCCCCGACCAAGCCGUUAGUGGCUCAGCAACGGGAGGCCUGCGCCCGCCUCCUGGGCAUCCCCGCUGUGCAUAUGGCCGAGAUGACAGGAGGUACCCAAAUUGUUGAUCGGAAAGAAAUCUGGUGCAACAAAAGAGUCUUCUUUCUCACUCCACAAAUAAUGGCAAAUGAUCUAUCUCGUGGAACAUGUCCAGCAGCAGAAAUUAAAUGCCUGGUUAUUGAUGAAGCCCACAAAGCUCUUGGAAAUCAUGCAUAUUGUCAGGUUGUGAAAGAAUUAUGCAAAUAUACCAAAGAGUUUCGAGUCUUGGCUCUAACUGCAACUCCUGGCAGUGAUGCAAAGGCUGUGCAGCAAGUUAUUACCAACCUGUUAAUUUCACACAUAGAACUUUGCUCUGAAGAUUCUCCUGAUAUUCAGCCUUAUUCUUACGAGCGACGGGUCGAAAAAUGUGUUGUUCCACUUGGGAAAGAAUUGGCUGAAAUUCAGAAUGCAUAUAUACGGGUCUUGGAAAUGUUUACCAGUCGGCUAACUAGACUUCGGGUCUUAUCACAACGUGAAAUACCUGCUCUUACAAAGUAUCAGAUAAUUCUAGCACGAGAUCAAUUUAGGAAAAAUCCUGCUUCACAUUUUGAGGGAAUUCACCAAGGUGUAAUAGAAGGAGAUUUUGCUCUUUGUAUUAGUUUGUAUCAUGGUUACGAACUAUUACUACAAAUGGGAAUGAGAUCAUUGCAUAUCUUCUUACGUGGAAUUUUGGAUGGAUCAAAAGGUAUGACUCGAGCCAAAAAUGAACUUGGGCGUAAUGAGGAAUUCAUGGUACUGUACAACCAGCUUGAAAACAUGUUUCUUAACCCAACUUUGACCUCAUCAAAGGGCAGCAUCUCUGAACUAGGAACUGAAAACAUGAAGACUUUCAUUUAUGGCCAUCCGAAGUUAAAGAAAUUAGAAGAAGUUGUAGUAGAACAUUUCAGAUCCUGGAGAGAACAUGAAGAUCAGACUACAUCUGAAGUCAGACCUGCAGAUACCAGAGUGAUGAUCUUCUCCUCCUUCCGUGACAGUGUUCAGGAAAUUGCGGAGAUGCUUAGCUAUCACUACCCAGUUGUGAGAGUCAUGACUUUUGUAGGCCAUUCUACAGGCAAAAGCACAAAGGGUUUUACACAGAAGGAACAGCUUGAGGUAGUGAAGCGUUUCCGGGAGGGUGGCUACAACACAUUGGUCUCCACAUGCGUAGGAGAAGAAGGCUUGGAUAUUGGAGAAGUGGACCUCAUAAUUUGUUUUGAUGCUCAAAAAAGUCCGAUUCGUCUUGUGCAGCGAAUGGGCCGAACUGGACGCAAACGGCAAGGGCGCAUUGUUGUCAUUCUUUCUGAAGGAAGGGAAGAGCGAACUUACAAUCAAAGCCAAUCCAACAGAAAAAAUCUUCUGAAAACUCUUUCUAAAAAUAAAGGCCUCCAUUUGUACCAGCACAGCCCACGUAUGAUUCCAGAAGGCCUAAACCCCAAAAUGCACCGGAUGCUGAUUACACCUGCAGAGAGGGAGACAGACACUUCCACAUCCAGCUCAAAAGAGAAGAGGAGCCUUGCUUUGAGGCAAAAGGGUUUUCUCAAUUCUACAAGUGCAGGUGCAAAGCAAGCCAGUCCAACUGAAAGCUGGAGUCUUACAGCCGAGGAAUUUGAAAGAUGGGAUAGACUAUAUAAAAUUAAAGCUGGUGAAGGAAUAAAACAGCCAAUAAUGCCACGGAGUCACUUUGUAACAUUAGAGUGCAAAGAUAUGAGAACAGAGUUGGAAACUAAAGAAGUUCAUGAACUGUCGCUCACAGAAUGGAGAGUCUGGCAGAACCGGCCUUUCCCUACCUAUCUGGUGGAUCACUCUGAUCGUUGCUUCCACUUCAUUAGUGUUAUGGACAUGAUAGAGCAAAUGAGACAUGAACAGGGAGAGUGCACCUAUGAGUUGGAAAUUCAACCUUAUGUUCCUCGGGAAGAUGUUCAUGCAUCAAAUGUUCAGAUAAACAAAAGGUGCUGUGAUACUGUGGCUCUUGAAAAAGGAUCAUUAUCUGGGAAGAAAGCAGCAGCUAUAGCCAAAGGGAAACAUUCCUUACAGGAGUUUGAUGCAGAAUGUAUGUCACUCUUUAAAGCGGCCAGUUUUAAAUCUGUGAGAAGACCUCAAGUGAUUGGUGUAGAAACUGCAGCUCAUGCUAAAAAGGAUGACAGCUUUUCAGAUUGCUUUUCAACAAGCAUAUCACCAUUUCUUGAAGCUACAGGACAUAAAAGUUUGGCAGAUGAGAAUCAAGAAAAUAUGGAUGCAGCCACCAACACAAGUAUUCAAGGAAGCACUCAUGUUAAUCCUGAAAAGGCUGUAACAAAAAUAAUUCAGCCGGCCCCUGAAAGUUGCAUACAGAAUGGACAGUGUGUGGAUUCUGGCUAUGGUUGCUUUGCAGAUGAUUCACAUCUUUCAUCUUUAUUUUAUCUACCAGUGCCAGAUACUGAUUUGUUUGGGUUUUCUGAAGCAAAUGCUGAUGAAGACCUUUCUUGGGGAAAAGACAUCCAGAUAAAUGUAGCAAGACUUCUGUCGCAGUCCCCGCCAUCUCUGAAUGAAUGCUUUGCUUCUUUGGAAAAGAGGGUGAAUGAAGGCCCGCAAUUUGAUUCAUUGCAGCAAUAUGUUUCCAGUAGGUCUAAAGACAAUAUUUUUCCAGAAAAAAAUGUAUGUUUCAAGAGUGUAUCCAUUUCACCUCCGAACAGCUGUGAACUCUUAAAUACCCAUAAACAGUGUUCAGUGGAUACCUAUCAUUUGGAAACAAAUAACAUUCCAGAUACUUUCAUUAGCAGUGUAAAUGAUCUUAGCUGGGAUGACAUUUUUGAGGAUGAAACUGAAGAACAGAAUGGAAUUCAAGGGGGAAAACUGUCAAUAGUAAAUGAUAAUCCAAUGAUGAAUUCUUUGGAAAGGGAUGGUGGUAAAAGCUGUAAAAAAAUGUGCAAACGAUCUGGAAGAAAUGUAAGCCCUGAUGAAGAUUGUUCUAUGCGUUUAUUGAGAAAUCACUGUGCAGAGAGUAGCCAUCCUCCAGUUGAAAAAAUGGGGAUGCCUUCAGAAUUACCUGGCUUGUGUAGCCAAGCCAACGCACAGAGUAACAAAGCAAGAAUCUUUGAAUGGCAUUUUUCUGACAAACUUGUCUCUGUUUGCAAAGCAAAUCCCGUACCUUCUUUGAUACCACAUAGAGAUAAAGCAGUGGAGGUCUCUGGUGAUCUCGAUCAUGGAAGCAAAGCAAACCCCCAUGAUCAUGGAGAGCUGUAUAAUGCUUCUCAGGAUUUGUUCUCUCUUAACUUUGACCUUGGAUUUUCUUUUCAAGAGUCAGAAGAUGAGACCUUAGAGCAAAUGAACUCCAUGAAAAAUAGGGGGAGCCCUGUAGCUAGUCACUCCAAUAGGGUUGAAACCUCUCUCUCAGAUAGUAGCUUGGUAAAGAAAUAUCCUAUUAAUGAAGAUUUUAAUGUGACUAAAUCUUCUACACCAUUAAACUUGCAAAACCAGAAUUCUGGUCGAGCAGUGAUUGAACAUGCUAUUUCCUUGGCAUCUCCUUUGACACCAGCAAGACAGAGAUUUUACCAGUCACCAAACUUCGUAGAAACUGUGUGUUCCACACCAAGAGGUGGACAGGUGAUACAUAUUAGAACUGUGGGUUCUUGCUCUAGAAAUAAUCCAGAAAUCUCACAGAGGAGAGUUUCAAGGAAAGCAAACAGCAGUAUAGUUAAAGUCUUGGCAAAAUCAGCUUUUGGAGUAGAGGAUGUUCCAUCCCAUGAACCUGGAGACAGCAAUGAAGGUGAAAAAUUGUCUUCUCUCAAGAAAAAAAAGAGAAAAAGAAACAUUUUGAGAACUCCAGAUAUUAGUGACUGUGACUUUGAAUCACCAAUUCAUGCUGUCAAGAAACGGAAGCGUCCACUCAUUGCAUCAGAUGUCUCUAGUGAUGAAAGCAUAGAUUUGGCCAAGAAAUCAAACCCAGUGUCGCGUGGCCGAAAGAGCUGCACCAAGAAGCCAGUUAAAGAUAUGAAAAGGCAGAAGGGAGGGGACAAAGCUGCGAUCAAGAAUGCAGCCAAGCAUUUCAUAGAUGACGAGGCAGAACUUUCUGAAGAAGGAGCUGAGGAAAUUUCAUCUGAUGAAAGUAUAAGUUCAGACAAUGAAUUUAGUCCCUCCCUUGUUCAGUUUCUUAAUGAUGAGACACAGAUUGCUCAGGAUUUAAAUGAAUCUGAGAUGCAGGCAGUUUAUCUGAAAUCUGUACGUAGUCCAGCUGUUGGCAACAAGUACAAGAUGGUGCAUAAAGGAUACAGUCCAAUGGCUGUUUUCUCACAGAUUCCAGAGCAAGAUGAAUGCUACGUAGAGGAUAGUUUCUGUGUUGAGGACAAUGAAGAAGGUAACCCCAGAAGUAGUUCCAAUGAAGAAGAAAUGUGCAUCAAUUUUGACCUUUUAGGGGAAGAAAGUUUUGUGAAUGGGAAAAAACAAUACCAGACCCGGCACAGGAAAAAACUGAAAGAGGGCCAUGUGAAACAGAAAACAGGAACUCCAUUGGUGCCAAAGAGAUUAACUUGGGUUCGGAUUCUUAACAGAUCUAGUGAAGAUGAGGGAACUGAUAAAAAGGAAGAACUGAUGGAGUCACGAGUCAGUGCUAAAGCUGAUAAGGAUUCUAAUGUUACUUCCUUAACUAUGGAUCAGACUCUGCACCAAAAAUUGUCAGUUCCAGAACUUAAAAGCUGCCAACCGCAAGAAAGCCAUGCCCAGGUAUGCUUGGAACAGUUGGAUUUUCAUCCUCAAAGCAAAGAUCAGUGCAAAUCAGAGCUUCUGGGUGGACAGUUCCAGACUAUGCUGAAGCCAGAAACGUCUUCAGAGAACCCUCCUGGACUUCCUUCUUCCUCCAGUGAGCUGUCCUUAAGGAACUCAAAGAACCAAGCGCCUCUCUGCAUUCUGGUGGAUAACCAUGAGAUCUCCUCCGGGCCAGAAGUCAUUUCAACCCUGAAAACUGUUCAUGGAGUCAAGGUUCAGAUUUGUUCUCUGGGUUCCUGCGAUUAUAUUGUCAGCAACCGUCUGGCAGUGGAAAGGAAGUGUCAGACAGAAUUAGUGAACAAUACACAUCGGAGUAAAAUGGUCCAGAGAAUACAACAGCUGAAGAGCAAGUUUGAUCGGAUCUGUAUAAUUGUGGAGAAGGAAAGAACUAGGACAGGAGAAGUGUGGAGGGUAUUCCACAGAACCAAGCCCUAUGAUGGGAUGUUAUCCGCGUUCAGUCAGGCAGGAAUCAAAGUGCUCUUCAGUGCCUGCCAAGUGGAAACGGCGAACUUGCUAAAGGAACUAGCUUUGGUGGAACAGCGGAAGAACGCAGCCAUCCAUGUGCCAACAGAAGUCGAGGGACCCAGACAAGAUGUUUUCCAUUUCUAUUUGAGCAUUCCCUGUGUCAGCUACACUCUGGCUCUGGCCUUGUGCCACCAUUUUGAUUCUCUGAAAGAGAUGGCGAACAGUACUCCAAGUGAGAUGGCAGGCCGCACUCAGGUCAAUCUGCAGAAAGCAGAGGAGGUCUACCGCUACAUCCACUACACCUUUGAUACUCAGAUGCUGCCCAUGAUUGUCACAUGACCCCCUACGAAUCAAAGUGGGGCAUCCCUUUUAAACAGAAGCACUUUAUUAUUACUUUCAUUCAGUGUAAGAUAUGUAAAUAAAAUUUCAAACAAACUGA